AUGGACGCCAUCGAGUAUGAUCCGAUCACGCAUCUGAACGCCCUCUUUGGCCAUCCAUCGACACUGGAUCAAGCUGCUGCUGUGUCUCAGCAGCUACAUAAACAACAGAAUGACCUCGACCAGCACAUGCGUCGCAUGGUUGCGCGACAAGCAGAGAGCGAUGCCGACAGUGUGAGACGCAUCACGCAAGCAAAGGAAGAGCUGGGCGACGUCUUUGGCCGCAUCGACCGAGUCCGCGCAAGAGCCUUGGACACCGAGAGAGCCAUCACCGACAUGACGGCCGACAUCAAGCGCCUCGACCAGACUAAGAGGAACCUGACACUGUCCAUGACUGCUCUCAAGCGUUUGCAGAUGUUGACGACGGCAUACGAGCAACUGCGCCUGCUUGCUUCGACCCGUCAGUACCGUGACUGUGCUCACCUGGUCUCUGCUGUCGUCCAGCUCAUGGCCCACUUCAAGACAUACCGCAGCAUAAAUCAGAUUGCUCAGCUCAGCCAGAAUGUUGCUGACCUGCAACGUCAGCUGCUGGACCAGAUCUGCGAAGAUUUCGAACUCGCCUUUGCUAGAGAAUCCGUGCCUUCCAGUCGCAACAUGCUGGCCGAUGCCUGUCAUGUCAUGGAUGCUCUUGGUGACCAUGCCCGUGCUCGUCUGACUACUUGGUACUGUAACACCAUGUUGCGUGAGUAUCGUCAAGUCUUUCGUUCGUCAGAUGAGGCUGCCUCGCUCGAUAACAUAUCCCGCCGUUAUUCGUGGUUCAACCGUAUGCUCAAAACACAUGACUCCGACCAUGCUUCCUUGUUCCCUCCGUCCUGGCGUGUUGAUGAGAUGCUGGCAAAUGCCUUUUGCGAAACUACUCGUGAGGAUUACAAACAGAUCUUACAACGAUCCAUGCGCCGUGCAGACGGCCAGCCACCAGAUGUCAACCUACUGCUCUCAUGCUUGCAAGAGACAUUGGACUUCGAGCAUUCUCUCGAGCGUCGUUUCUCUUCUACCGAGUCACGUUCUUCGCUGGAUACACUUGACGACAAGCCUCGCGCUUUCAGCCAAGCCAUCUCCGAGGCUUUCGAACCAUAUCUCAGUAUAUGGGUUGAGUCUCAAGACAAACAGCUAGCUCUGCUUAUUCCAAAAUACCGCCAGCAACCUAUCCGGAAUGAGGAAGACGAAUUCCAUGCCCAUACUGUCAUGCCCUCUUCCACUGAGCUCUUCCACUCUUACCGCAUUACAUUUGCACAAUGUGCAAAAUUGUCAACCGGUUCCCGACUCCUGGAUUUGUCAAAAACAUUUGCCAAAUAUCUGGACGUCUACUGUCAGCAAGUCUUGUUCCAUGCGUUAUCUGAACGUUCAACAUCCGUCGAAGACAUAGUCACUGUUCUGAAUACUGCAGAUUACUGCUAUCAGACUACCAACCAACUUGAGGAACGCAUAAAGUCGCGUGUGGACUCUGACUUGCGCGCUCAGGUCGAUUUGCAGUCUCAAGCCGACUCUUUCAUGGGCAUUGCGUCAGCCUCUGUCAAAGCCUUGGUGAGGAGAGUGGAACUCGACUGCGACGCGCCCUGGAGAGAGAUGCGCAAUGUUCCGUGGAGUAAAAUGGACAACGUCGGUGACCAAAGUCCGUAUGUCGCUCCAUUGGUGCAGCGCGUCAAGGAGAAAACUUCCGAGGUGCUCAAUUACUUGCAAAAGCAACACUACGCUCGGGCAUUCUGUGAUAACUUGGUCGAUGCUCUUGCUAAUUCUAUCCUAACUAACUUGGUGGUCUGUCGACCCAUAUCGGAGACGGGUGCCGAGCAGAUGUUGCUCGACUCUUACGUCUUGAAAAAGGCGUUCACCGAGCUGUCUACAGUGAAUGCCGAAGCAGGUACCACACCAAACCCCAAUUUCGUCAAACGAGUCAACCAAAGCAUGGCCAAGCUGGAUCCCUUGUUGAAAACGCUACAAGUGCGUGCAUCGCCGCCCGAAGGACUGGUCCAGGCAUAUUUGAUACACAUGCAAGAUCGCUCCGAGCCAAACUUCCGCAAGAUACUCGAGCUCAAAGGCAUCACGCGUAAACAAGACCAAGCUCAUUUGACAGAACUGUUCAAUGCACAUAAGGCAUCGCCAGCAAAUGAAGCGCUGCAGCCGUCCAAUCCCUUGAUCGCCAACAUUUCACUGCAAGCGGCAGGUGCUACCGUGCCAGGUAUCGCUGCUCUGAAGGACAGCGCCGCCUCGCACUCCGCACCAGCUUUAGCGGGAACGACUACCCGUUUCGAUCCUUCAACAUUUGGUUCUGCUCUCAUGAACGCGGCUCGUGAUGGCGUUGACCGGUUCGGUUCGCCAGCUCUUGGUGGUACAGCAUCGGCCACAAACGCCAGCAGAGCUACCAGCCCGCCACCGAUGGGUGCUCUAGGUUUGAACGCUGAAAGCGCCCAUGCUAGUAUCAACGAAAAUCUCAAGAAUAUUGGCAAGUUCUUCCGUCGCGAUGUUAGCAGUUUCGGAGGGUUUGGCAAGAAAGAGGAAGGAAGAAGGAGCAUGGAGAAGAGAUAG